CAAUUUAUUUCUCUCCUUUAUCUUAACUUUUGUCUCUCUCUCUCCCUUUAUUUUCAGACCCAAACCGAAACCCCCAAACCCCAAAACAGAGACCCAUUCUUCAGCUCAGCCUUUGUCUCUCUCUCUCCCUUUACUUUCAGACCCAAACCGAAACCCCCAAAACAGAGACCCAUUCUUCAGCUCAGCCUUUGUCUCUCUCCCUCUCCCUUUACUUUCAGACCCAAACUGAAACCCUGAAACCCCAAAACAGAGACCCAUUCUUCAGCUCAGCCUUUGUCUCUCUCUCUCUCCCUUUACUUUCAGACUCAAACCGAAACCCCCAAACCCCAAAAGAGAGACCCAAUUCAUCAGCUCAGCCAUAUUUCCCUCCCUUUACUUUCAGACCAUUUUUGUCUCUCUCCCUUUGCUUUCAAACCCAAACCGAAACCCCCAAACGGAGACCCAAUUUCUCCCUCCCUCAGUUGGUGCAAGCUCCGAUCUUGGGCCGCUCCAUCGUAGACGGUGUCCCCAAGCUCUCCGAUCUUCCUCUCGGCAUUCACAAGUAUAUGUAUAUAUAUAUUGUUUUAGUGUUUCAUCUUUUUGUUGGACUCCUCAGGUUUGCUUUCUUAACCCUUUUCUUUUUUAUAAUCUAUUAUGUUUUUAACUUGAUGUUUGUGCAUUUUCUGUUUCCUAAUUCUACCAAGUGUAAUUUGAAUGGUUCUUAUAUUGACUAAAGUUCUUGUUGGUUGAUGACAAAUCUGUUGCAUUUUUUCUCCUUGUAUAGAUAUUUGUUUUCCAUAGACAUGAAGAAAAUUUGUUACCAUAAACUAUUGCAUCUCAUUUUAUAUUUGUUAUUUUAUAAGACUCGAGAUUAAUUAUUUAUAGGUGUUUGAUUAUAUAUUGAUGGACAUAGAUAGUGAGAGAGUCUCAGAAUAUUGUAGUCAUACCUACAUGGUGUUUUCUGUUCAUAAAGUGGAUUUAACAAUUUACGAGAGCAAAGAUUAUAAGAAUAUAUCAAGUAAAGACUUGCUGCUUAUGGAUUUGUGCUAUACGUGCCAUACAUCCACUCUGAUAUUUUUCUAAUUAAGAUGUAUGGUACAUGUGUGUCUUUUAGGAAAAUUUAUGUAUAUAUGUACCAUACAUCCACUCUGAGCAAACAAUUUGCGUUCAUUAAAAAAAAUAGAAAGAAAAAAGUAGUAAUGAGUGAAUCAAUAAAAUUAUACAAUAAAUAAUAACCAUAAGAUUUAUGUUAUUCAUUUUGUGGUUUUCUCUUUCAUAAAUCUUUUAUAAAUGGUCAAUAUGCAUAAACUUAUAAAUUUUUUACUAAAUUUAAUAACCAAUAAAAGUAAUAAUUAAUAAAAUAAGUAUAAUAAAACAAAUAAUUAAAUCAAAUAAAAGUAAUUGCUAAAUUAUAUAUAAAAUUGAAAUUAAAUUGAUUAUUAAUUACUCACUUAAUUUAUUAAUUAAUAAACUUUAAUCUAAUAAGUUAUUGAUGAUUUAUUUGUAAAACUUGACAAUUCAUUGAAAAAAUAAUAAUUCAAAUAAUAAUUUCUUACACUGUGCAGUGUAAUAAUUAAUAAUUCAAAUAAUAAUUUCUUACACUGUGCAGUGUCCUAUAAAAUGUCGAUCGACAAGACUUGGAUUAAUAAUUCAAAUAAAUUUUCUGAUGAGUAUGUUGCUGGAGCGUUUGCAUUUGUUGAGAGAGUUCAGCAAUUUGUGGAUACAAGGGGACUAGUGAAGUGUCCUUGUAACAAGUGUCUUAAUAUCGAAUUGCAAACGAUUGGUGUGCUAGAAAGUCAUCUUUUUGAGAAUGGUUUUCUACGAAGUUAUACAAAUUGGUACUGGCAUGGAGAGGAGGAAAUAAUACCGACCAAUAGAGUGGUCCACCAAUGUCACGAGGACGAGAUGAUGGAUGUUCUUAAUGAUAUAGCACAACCUAACAAUUGUGAAGAUGAUGAGAAUGAGGUUUAUGAUGAGAUACCACCAGCAUCAGAAUGCAGAGGUACUAGCCAAUACUACAAUGACUUAUUUGCCGAGAUGGAGUCUUCGUUAUUCCCAGGGUGUGAAAAAUACACAUCUUUGAAUUUCGUAGCUAAGUUGAUGCAUUUCAAAGUGUUGGGGAAAAUUCCUAACAAAUUUUUUGAUGGAAUCUUGGAGUUGUUAGAAGAUGCAUUCCCAUCUCCAAAUAAGAUACCAAAGUCACAUUAUGCGGCGAAGAGGUUGAUGAGGAAAUUGGGUUUGGGUUACGAGUCAAUCCAUGUUUGUAAGCAUGAUUGUGCAUUGUUUUGGAAGGAAAAUGCAGGAAAACAAAAGUGUCCAAUUUGUGGGGAGGAUCGUUGGGUGGACAAAAAUACCAAGGGGAAGAAAGUGCCCCAAAAAGUUAUGCGUUAGUUUCCAUUGACUCCUCGGUUGAUGCGAAAAUUCGCGUCAAGGCACAUUUCUCAACAUAUGAGAUGGCAUCAUGAAGGGCGUGUUAAAGAAGAUGGUAUCAUGCGUCAUCCUGCAGAUGGGAAAGCAUGGAAGGAUUUUGACCGUAGCAAUCCAGCGUUUGCAAUGGAACCUAGGAAUGUGCGCCUUGGAUUGGCUACUGAUGGAUUCAAUCCUUUUGGAAAUAUGAGUUUGUCUUAUAGCAAGUGGCAUGUUGUGUUAACAACUUACAAUUUGCCACCGUGGUUAUGCAUGAAAGAGACUAACUUUAUGUUGACUUUAUUAAUUCCUGGGCCACAUUCACCUGGAAAAGAUUUUGAUGUUUUCUUAAGGCCAUUGGUUGAUGAGUUGAAGGAAUUAUGGGUGAACGAUGUUCAGACUCGGGAUGUUGUUGAUGGUAGUUUUUUUAAGCUUCGAGCAACUUUAUUGUGGACUAUAAAUGAUUUUCCAGCGAUGAGUAGUCUUUCUGGAUGGAGUGGUCAAGGUUACACUACUUGUCCUACUUGCAAUGUAUCAACACCAUCAGUCCGUUUGCAAAAUAAGGUUGCAUUUUACGGUCACAGACAUUUUUUACCAUUGGGACACCAAAUUAGAAAAAAGAAGAAGUUAUAUGGUUCAGUUGAGAAAAGACCACCUCGAGAGGAAUUUAGCACUGAAGUUAUUUUCACACAAAUGAAUUUUAUGCCUGAAUCUCUUCCUGGUAAGCAUGUUAGCUACGGUGGACAAAAAAGGAAACACACAAAAGAGCAAGUUGGUUGGCGUAAAAAAAACAUUUUCUUUGAGCUCCCAUAUUGGGCCAAUAUGAAGUUGCGACACAACCUAGACGUCAUGCAUGUUGAAAAAAAUGUAUGCGACAGCUUAGUUGGCACAAUAGUCGGGUUGGAAAAUAAGACCAAAGAUACAAUUAGCGCUAGAGUAGAUUUGGAGAAGAUGAAGAUAAGGCCAGAAUUGCAUCUGAGAAUGGUAAAUGGUCGAAUGGAAAAGCCGGCAGCGAAAUACACAUUUAUUCCUGAAAAUCGGCAUAAGUUUUGUCGAUUUUUGAAAUCAGUCAAAUUUCUAGAUGGGUUUGCAUCUAAUCUAAGGAAGAAUGUGAUUGAAAAUGACAAUAAGAUUACUGGGUUGAAAUCCCACGAUUGUCAUGUCAUGUUGCAACGUCUUUUGCCAAUUGGUGUUCAUUCAUUCCUAGAAAAACCUAUUGCUAAGACCAUUAUUGACUUGUGCACUUUCUUCAAGAUUAUUUGUGCUAGAACUCUGAUUGUUUCUGAUUUGGAGAAAGUGAAAACAUUAAUUGUUGAAAUUCUUUGCGGACUAGAAAUCAUUUUUCCACUAGCGUUUUUUGAUGUUAUGGUUCACCUAAUGAUACAUUUGCCUCAAGAAGCAAUAGAUGGAGGUCCAGUACACAUGAGGUGGAUGUAUCCCUUUGAGAGAUACAUGAAAAAAUUGAAACAUUAUGUGCGUAAUAAAGCUCGUCCUGAGGGGUAUGUCGUUGAUAAAGCAUUGACAUUCUAUUCUAUGUACUUCAAAGGGGUGGAAACAAGGUUUAAUCGUCCAGAUAGAAAUGUUGAUGCAAUUCCAUCACCAAAGAAGUUGUCUGUGUUUCAAUCUCAGGGUCGUCCGAUCGGUAAGAUGACAUUAACAACUUUGGACGAUGAACUUAAAAAAACUGCUGAGUGGUACAUUCUCAACAAUUGCAUUGAGAUUCUCCCAUAUAUUCAAUAAGUACUUUGAUCACACUAACAAUAUAUUUAUCUACUCUUCCAUUUAUCUUUCAAAUUUUUUAAGUCUUUCAUAUUUUAUGGGUGUAGAGAGCACAAGCAGAUCCUUUUAUCUAGUGGUGCUGAAAACCUAGAUCAAUUACAGAAAAAGGAGUCCCCAUGUGGUUUUACAAUAAGCUUUACAAUCUUCGACAAGCGGGAUCUGCAGAAGCUUCUGAAGAGUUAUUCUCCUUAGCAAGCGGCUCCUCUAAUCUUGUUUCUUCAUACACUGGGUGUAUUGUCAAUGGAGUUCGAUUUUUGUGCUAUGAUAGAGAUAAAAAUUUGAAAACUCAAAAUAGUGGUGUCUUAGUACCCGGAGUAGACAACAAAAAUUUCUACGGGCAAUUAGAAGAGGUUAUAGUGAUGUCAUACCUUGCUGGUUGUUCUGUUGUAUUAUUCAAGUGUAAAUGGUUUGAUACAGAUCCUACCAAGAGUAGGAUGAAGCAUGAAAAUAAUAUAACUAGUAUAUUUACUAAGUUCGAGUGGUACAAAGAUGACAAGUUUAUCUUGGCAACUCAAGCAAAACAAAUUUUUUAUCUUGAUGAUUUGAAAAAUGACCGGGAUUGGAAAAUUGUUGAAGAAGUUCAUCAUAGAAAUGUGUGGGACACCCCAGCAGCUGAUGAACAGUUGGAUCCCAUUGAAAUAGAUGUUAUGCAUGACACAAUAUCAUCUGAUUUCCAAUUGUUUGUCGAUCUUGGUCCGUUGCCAGAAAUCAAUUUUUGCCGUAGAGAUCAACCGCCAUCUAUUGUCAAUGUAGAUACUCCUGUUGAUCAAGAGGAAGAUGAAGAGGAAGAGGAAGAGGAAAUGGUCGAUGAAGAGGAAGAGGAAGAGAUGGACUUAGAAGAAGAUAAUGUAGAAGAAAAUGAGAAUGAUAGUGAUAAUGAUAAUGAAUAUUAUAGUGAUGAUUAAGUUGUAAUUUUUACAUUCAAAGAUUGUUUGCACUUAUUAUUUAUGGAUAACCAUAUUAUUUAUGUUUAUCUUUAUUUGUCAACAUUUUAUUAUAUGCACACACAUAUAUAUAUAUAUAUAUCAUUAUAUUUAAAUUUAUUAGAUAUGUCUUCUGCGGUAAUGCGACAUCACGGAGGUGAUGGCGGGGCAGAUCCUCCUCGAGAUCCAACACAUAUAGAGGCUAACUUGCCUGCAAUAAAAAGGCGUGGCAUCAACAAAGGGAUAUCAACCCGAGAGGCUAGGGCUCCCUUAGGUAGACCAUUACCCCUUGAGUGGGAUGUACGAGGAAAGACGUACAAGGAAAUUGGUGAAUAUUCUCACCAUUUGUCUCGGGAGAUCGGCCUUCUCAUUCGACAAUAUGUUGAUCCCGACUAUGAUCGAUGGGAUAAAGUACCAAAGGAAGUAAGGGAUCGAAUAUUUCCUCGUCUACAGGAUGAUUUAUUCGAUAUUGGUCUCACUCGGUAUGGGGUAGAACACCAAAGUGGCAUUCUUCUCGGCAUUCAACGAUCUUGCGCUGAUCGUUACUCAGAAUGAAAGAAUGAUCUAUCUACUCACAUAAAGAAGCAUGGUCGGAGACAUGCUCCUGAUGGUUUGGUAGAAGAAAAAUGGAAGAAGGCGCUUGAUUAUUUUGAUCGACAUGAAGUGAAGAGGCGGUCUGAGAUUAAUGCUGCGAAUCGAGCAAAACAAAAACAAAAUAGCUUCCAAGGAUCGCAGUCUACGCCAUCUCUUCGUUAUAAGAAGGCGUUCUAGAAAUUUGGAUGGAUACUAAAUAUAAAGAAGGGAGAGGUUGGGUCAGUCAAGUAGCGCGUGAUAACUAUGAAAAGUUGCUGGAGGUACGUCAAACUCAGCAGACACAAUCUUCUACGACCACCUCCACUGCGAGUACUGCCACAACUGAGGUGGACGACAUUGCCCUUGUUGAGACAGUCUUUGGACGCCGUCGGGGCCAUCAGACAAGACUUGGUUGUAGGAUUCGCUCGAG